GAGCGGCCGAUGCGCGCGUGCGGUUCUGUUGCGGGGCGGGGCUGUAGGGUAUUGGGCCGGGCCGGCGAAGGGCGGCGGCCGGCGCUGAGCAGUGCCCGCGGAGAGACCGAGGCGCCGACGGGCGGGGAUGAGGGGCGCCGGGGCCCGCACCUCUCCCGGGCGCGCGCGCGGACCCGGGGGCGCCCAGUGACGGAGGCGGCGGCGCCCCUGCCCGGCAGCGCCGAGCCCGCUUCGCCAGGGAGCCCGCUUCGCCAGGAGGCCCGCUUCGCCAGGGGGCCCGCUUCUCCAGGGAGCCCGCGGCCGGCGGUGGCCGGCAUGAGGAGCGGCCGGGGCCGGGCCAGGCCUCGCUGACCCCGACCCUGCGCGGCGCCUCCCCGUUUCCGCCCGGCCUCUCGGCAUGAGCGACCGCUCGGGCCCGGGGCCUCGGCUGCCCCAGCUCGGCGGCCGGCGGGCGCGCUCGGGGCCGGCGGGCCCCCGGUGCUGAUCGCCGCCCGCCUGCCCGCGCCGACCCCGGGGCGCGGCCAUGGAGGUGGUGGGCGACUUCGAGUACAGCAAGCGGGACCUCGUGGGACACGGGGCCUUCGCUGUGGUCUUCCGGGGGCGGCACCGCCAGAAAACUGAUUGGGAGGUAGCUAUUAAAAGUAUUAAUAAAAAGAACUUGUCAAAAUCACAAAUACUGCUUGGGAAGGAAAUUAAAAUCUUAAAGGAACUUCAGCAUGAAAACAUUGUAGCGCUCUAUGAUGUUCAGGAAUUACCCAACUCUGUCUUUCUGGUGAUGGAGUAUUGCAAUGGUGGAGACCUGGCAGAUUAUUUGCAAGCUAAAGGCACUCUCAGUGAAGACACCAUCAGAGUCUUUCUGCAUCAGAUUGCAGCCGCCAUGCGGGUCCUGCACAGCAAGGGGAUCAUCCACAGGGAUCUCAAGCCCCAGAACAUCCUGCUGUCCUACGCCAGUCGUAGGAAGUCCACCGUCAGUGGUAUUCGCAUCAAAAUAGCGGAUUUUGGUUUUGCUCGUUACCUACAUAGUAACAUGAUGGCUGCAACGCUGUGUGGGUCUCCGAUGUACAUGGCUCCUGAGGUUAUUAUGUCUCAGCAUUAUGAUGCCAAGGCUGACCUGUGGAGCAUAGGGACAGUGAUAUAUCAGUGCCUCGUUGGAAAACCACCUUUUCAGGCUAAUAGUCCUCAAGACCUAAGGAUGCUUUAUGAGAAAAACAGAAACUUAACGCCUAGCAUUCCCAGAGAAACAUCACCUUAUUUGGCUAAUCUCCUUUUGGGUUUGCUUCAGAGAAACCAAAAAGAUAGAAUGGACUUUGAAGCAUUUUUUAGCCAUCCUUUUCUUGAGCAAGUUCCAGUAAAAAAAUCCUGCCCGGUCCCGGUGCCUGUGUACGCCGGCUCCGCCUCGGAAGGUCCCUGUAGCAGCUCUCCAUCCUGUCGCUUCGCCUCUCCACCUUCCCUUCCAGAUAUGCAGCAUAUUCAGGAAGAAAACUUAUCCUCCCCACCGUUGGGUCCUCCCAACUAUCUCCAGGUGUCCAAAGAUUCUGCCAGUACUAGUAGCAAGAACUCUUCUUGUGACACGGAUGACUUUGUUUUGGUUCCACACAACACCUCGUCAGACCACUCAUAUGAUAUGCCGAUGGGCACUGCUGGCAGACAUGCUUCUAAUGAGUUCUUGGUGUGUGGAGGGCAGUGUCAGCCCACUGUGUCCCCUUACAGCGCAGCCACCCCCAUUCCCGUCCCUACUCAGAUUAGGAACUACCAGCGCAUAGAGCAGAACCUCACCUCCACUGCCAGCUCUGGCACAAAUCUCCAUGGCUCUCCAAGAUCUGCGGUGGUACGGAGGUCUAACACCAGCCCCAUGGGCUUCCCCCGGCUGGGAUCCUGCUCCCCAGCGGCGGCAGACACAGUACAGGCGGUCGGACGAAGACUCUCCACGGGGUCUUCCAGGCCUUACUCACCUUCCCCUUCGGUUGGCACCAUUCCUGAGCAGUUUAGUCAGUGCUGCUGUGGGCAUCCUCAGGGCCAGGAAUCCAGGAGCAGGAACUGGUCAGCAGGCUCUCCCGUGCUGCAGCCUCCGUCGCCACAGCCACUCUUGUUGGGUGCUAGACCGCAGAGCGCCUCCACCCUCGCCGACAUCUACCAGAACAAGCAGAAGCUCAGAAAGCAGCACUCAGACCCCGUGUGCCCGUCCCACGCCGGGGCUGGGUGCAGCUGCUCCCCCCAGCCCAGUCGGCCCGGCAGCCUUGGGACCUCUCCCACCAAGCACGCGGGGUCCUCCCCGCGGAGUUCUGACUGGUUCUUCAAAACUCCAUUACCAACAAUCAUUGGCUCUCCUACUAAGACCACGGCUCCUUUCAAAAUCCCGAAAACGCAAGCAUCUUCCAACCUGCUAGCCUUGGCCACUCGCCGCGGGCCUUCUGAGGGGCAGUCGAAAGAUGGGAGUGACCCACGGGGAUGCUCUCACUGUCUCUCAGUACAAGGAGGGGAGAGGCAGAAGUCCGAGCAGCAGGUCAGGGCAGCGUUUGGCAGAUCUGUCAGUACUGGGAAAUUAUCAGAUCAACCAGUAAAAACACCUUUAGGUGGACAUCAGGGCAGCACGGACAGUUUAAAUACAGAACGACCAAUGGAUAUAGCCCCUGCAGGAGCCUGUGGUGUUGCAUGGGCUCCUUCUGUGGGAACAGCAGCGAGUCCCAGGGCUGUGCUGUUCACGGUAGGGUCUCCUCCACACAGGGCCACAACCCCCGCUUGUACCCGCAUAGUCCUUCGGACAAGAACCACCUCAGGGGGCUCCGGCGGGGGCCGCGUGUCCGGGGGCUCCCCGCCUGGGCCGUGCUCCGGGUCUCCCCCUCCGGGAGCAGAGGCAGCUCCCAGCCUGAGACACGCGCCUUGUGGUGCUUCACCCCCCAGCCUGGAGGGGCUCGUCGCCUUUGAAGCCCCUGAACUGCCCGAGGAGACGCUGAUGGAGUUUCUAAGACGAUUGGCUUUGCCGCAGCGAGAGCACACAGACACCUUCCGCCACCUGAACGCAAUGCUGUUGUUCACGGAGUGUGUGCUGGACCUGACAGCCGUGCGCGGGGGAGACCCGGGGCUCUGUGCGUCCGCAGUCUCCUUGUACCAGAUCCAGGAGAGCGCGGUGGUGGACCAGAUCAGCCAGCUGAGCAAAGACUGGGGGCGGGUGGAGCAGCUGGUGUUAUACAUGAAGGCCGCACAGCUGCUGGCAGCCUCUCUGCAUCUCGCCAAAGAGCAGAUCAAGUCUGGGAAGCUGAGCCCGUCCACGGGAGUGAAACAAGUUGUCAAAAAUCUGAAUGAACGAUAUAAAUUCUGCAUCAGCAUGUGCAAGAAACUUACAGAAAAGCUGAAUCGCUUCUUCUCUGACAAACAGAGAUUUAUUGAUGAAAUCAACAGCGUAACAGCAGAGAAACUCAUCUAUAAUUGUGCUGUAGAAAUGGUAACCCUUUUUAAGGUUCAGGCUGCAGCCCUGGAUGAGAUGUUCCAGCAGACUGAAGAUAUUGUUUAUCGCUAUCAUAAGGCGGCCCUUCUUUUGGAAGGCUUAACUAAGAUUCUCCAGGACCCGGCAGAUAUUGAAAAUGUACACAAAUAUAAAUCUAGUAUUGAAAGGAGAUUGUCGGCACUCUGCUACAGCACCUCGACCUUGUGAGCAGCAGAGGCCAGCCCCCAGGACUAGGGGUGGUGUGAGGCGAUGCGCUUGGGAGCACAGCUCGGAUCCUGUCGCCCCACCCGCAGGAAACUGUAGGUUCCUGCACGGUGACUACCAAAGAGCAAGCAGUGAUUUCAAAAAGGAAAAGCAACCCCAGAACUUACCUGCCUUAUCAGAGAAGCCACCGCUUCCCUUUUUCUUUGUAGAAGCAGAAGCAAGAGUAUUCCACUUGGCUUUCAGUUUGAACUUGGUAAAUAAAUGUACCUUAGAACUAGAGUUGUCAGUACAGUUAUUCUUAAGGAUAAUUAGGAAUGAAACGAUGAGUGGCUCUUCACGCCAGUCACCAGAGCAAAGUGUGGGGUUCCACAUGUUCACUGAGGCGAAAAAGUAAAAAGCCACGUCUCAUCCAGGCAGUUUGAUACUCGGGGUAAGUUUAUCUGAGUCUGAGCACGCGUCCUUAAACAGCUCAGGAAGAAAUAGCUUAAGAAGGAGUGAAAGACGUCUCUUGGAAGAAAUUGUGAAAUCUUCAGUUUGAUCUAAUAUGGACACAUAUUAAUAAUCUUCCAAAAUCUUUCAUAUUGCACUAAUUUAUUAAAACAACUGUGUAUUGGAUUUUGCAAUUUAAAACUAACUGAGGCACAAUGGACUUGUUUAAAAUAUAUUACUUGAUUAUAUACACUACCCUUUCCAGAAUUCACAGGUACUCUCUCGUGGACUUUUAAGUGGUAAAAAACUUGUGUUGUGUGAACCUUUUGCAUUUUCUUAACCUAUUCAUCUACACCUACAGGUUUUCUCAGUGAUAUUUUUAAGUUGCUGGUUGUCUGCUUUUGUUUGCAUUUUUUACUGUGCAUGCAGAAUGUGCGUUCAUGCCUAUGACCUCUGGGGUUACUAAAGGCUAGGGUUAUUGGGGCAGUAUUAGAACAAGUGUCAAUCCAGAGAUACUCUCAAGAAUUGUAAUAGGGCCAGAACAAAGUUGGUGACUUAAAGGCUUAUUAGUGAUGUGGAAUUUUACAUGAAGUUAGUGAAAAAUGAGGUUUGUUUUCUCUUAGGAAAAUGGGCAGCUCUUUCCAGCCUGUGUGCAUUUUCAUGUUAAUCCUGACAGUUCACCAGAUAGCUAGUCGUGGAGAAUGUGGGCACUUAGCAUCCCUCUAGAAAUGGUGCCUGCGUUGUAGAUUAUUUCGUUUCUCUUACUUACCUGCUUGAAUACUUGAAGAAACCAUUCUCCAGUUUUAAUCCUUUUAGAUAAUAUAAUCUGAACUCUUGACAAAUUGCACAGAAGCUCUUUGGCGUUAAUCUAAUUUGGUGUACUGAUAAAAACAAAAACAUGGUUUUUCUUUACUUUGACGAAGUAAUGUAAUUUUUACUUUAUUUAUCUGUAUGAAAUUCCAGCAGUUAAUUUUGAACAUUUAUUUAUAUGAUGUUUAUAUUUUUAGGUCUUUAAUACAGUGUUUCUACCUCUUAUUUGUAACUGCAUGCAUUAUUCAUGAAACUAGGUGAAACUCACUGAAUUGUUGUGUAAUAGCCUUUUUAUUAUUGCCUGUACAGAUGUAUAUUAAGGUAAAUAAAACUGACCAGGUGUUCCUAGGGUAAGGCUGGGUCCCCGUGAUGUGGCUUGUCAGGCCGGGUCCUUCCUCAGUGAGUUUGGAGGCAUGGUGGUUAACGCCCGUUGCCCUGCCCCAGGAUUUCAGCUGCUCGGUGGCUGUCCUGCAGGCUGCCAGGAGCGUGGGCUGGGUGGUGGGUUCCUGCCCUCCCUGCAGGGGUGGUAAGCACCGUCACUGGUGAUACUCCACUUUGUAUGAGUUUUUCGAGUGUAAAGGGCAGUUUCUCGUACGUUCUCUCUCUCAGUUACCGCCCGUGUCAUCUCACUGAUCCUCCGAGGGGGUGGGUACAUUCCGGCCCCUCCUCCCCUCUCCCGUUUGUUUUUUAAACACAGGAUGAAACAGGUUCACAGCGAGGAAGUGCUUGGUCUGCAGUCAGUACCUAGGGAAGUGGCCGGGCUGUGCUUUGUGACCUCCAAGUGCAUUCUUCUUCUUCUUGUACGACAAAGGUCAGGUGGGAGACUGGCCGCCGCCCAGACAGCUUGGUGUCUUCCCUCCGUUGACGGGCGCGGCCUAGGAGCAUCCGUAUCCACCUCUGCGCGCCGGGAGACAACUGACACUGGCUCCUGGGCCCGUCGUCAGCCAUGGAAGUCCUGGGCCCUGCCCGAGUCUCCGCCUCCUCUGUCACAGCCCUGGCCAGAAUGCUGUCUUUGGGAGAGGGGUCAAGGUGGCAUCGUCCUCACCGGAAUCAGAGGAAGUCACAUCAGAAGUGACCCGCCUGGGAAGGCACCGCAGGGCGGGAAACGACAGUCCGUCCCUGAAGUCUCGGCUUUUGUGGGCGAGGCGGAGCCAAACAGCCUCCUGGCGUGGAUCUGAGCGGAGGCUGCUGCGGCGGUGGCCGAGCCCUGGGGCUUCCCCUCGCCCUCCUGCCCCCAGGCUGUCCCGUCUCUGAGGGUCUGCUCGCUGGAGGCUGUUCUCCGCUUCCUUGGGUGCAGCUGCCUUGGUCUCGGACUCCCGUGCAGAGCGGUGCCUCCUUGGGCACUUGGCCAUCCCUAACCUCGCCACACCUGUCCGCGUCCGGCUCGGAGCUGGUCAGUGCUGGCUUGGUUUGGGGCGAGGCCCGGUUUCAGGCUCUGUCUGGACACCUUCUGAAAGGAGCAGCCCCACCGCCGCGGCCGAGCCCUGGGCACCUGCUUGCCGACGUCCUUUCCCUGUGGAUUGAUCUGACCCUUGUAGUUCAAGGUGUCUCCGGCUGGACUCCCCCGGCCAAGCGGCAGGCAGCAAGUUUUGAGAAGCAGGUGAGGUUAGCAGAUCUGCCAUCCCCUUGGGGGCUGGAGCCGGAGCCCAAGAGCAGAAGCUUUGAAACCACCCUCAGAACCCCCAGGGGAAGGGCUUCCGGGACACAUGGACAAAUGGGCACUUUGCAGGGUCCCUGCUUGCUUGUUUAUUUGUACGAGAGUCGCUGAGAUGAUAGACCAGCAGGGAUUUGGCCGGUCCUGGGUGGGAGGGGCCUCAACCCCAGGUUUGCCAAGGGCACUCCUGCAGGCCCUGGCGUCCUAAGACCAGCUCUUUUGCUGACGGCGGCACGUAGGGGCCCUCUCCCAGGGAUGUAAGCCAGCGCCCUCCCCUCGGUCCCUCAACGGGAGGUGGUGCGUGGAGCCCUGUCUUCGUCUUGAAGCACUGAGGCCCACCCAGCUGCCCCUUCUCCCACCUUCUGCCCUUGGGCCCCACCCCUGCUGCAGGGCGAGGUCGGGGAGGGAGGUGGUGGGCCCGGCAGGGGCAGGUCACAGGGGCCUUUGCCCAGAGUCCCGCCUGGGCGACAACAGGACUUCUGCCUGGCACACUGAGCUGCGGCCAGAGGCUCUGAUGGGGGCCUGACGGGCCUGCCUCUGUUCCAGCUGGAGGGUUUCUGUGAAGAUGGUGGGUAAGCGGGCUGUGCGCUGAGAGUGAACCACUAGGGCGGGCGGCUGAUCUGGGGAUCCUCGCGAGGGCAGGGUGCCUUCCACGGAGGGGAGGGUCUGUGAGGGGAUGAGGAGGCACGUCGCCGCUGGUCCAGCGGGACAGCAGGUUCUCCUUCCCUGUCGGAGUGUCUGUCAUGGGCGGUGGUGAUGCUGAUUGUUUCACUGUGAGCUUGUUAAUUUUGUGAUUCUUUAACAAGGUGAUUUCCGUACAGGAAGAACUCUAAUAAAACUCAGGUCAUCAUCUAGGAAAGCGUCGUGUCAGAGGAAAUCAGACAGGACCUCCAGGGCACCACGCGGUGCCCACUUUCUCCGUUCAGGACCCUACGGCAGCGCCUUUGGCAGCUGCUCGGCUCUGCUGUCGUGCCACGGAAAGUAGCCGGGGCCGGCUGUGGCCCGGACCUGGCCUGCAGGCCGUCGCGUGUGGCCCCCGGCGCACAGAUGAACUGCGGAAGAGCCAGGCAUCGAGGCGCACGCGGCGGCAGACACAGGCCACCAGGGAUGCGUGCUGCUUGCCCUCCUGGGGUCAGCUAGCACGGAUGUGGACAGUGUCCCCGGGUCAGCAGCACCUCCCCAGCGACGGUUCUGCUCUUAGACGUUUCAUCAAACGGGUAGUAAACAGACAGAAUGCAAAGUCUGUACGAUCCUUAGUUAAUGGAACAUUUGGGGCAGCACAUGUUUUUUUCUGCUGCUUUGACAAACGAGGUACUUCUCACUCUUGCUGUGUAGCCUUGGGCAGGUCCCCUCGCCCUCCUGGGCCUCCAUUUUCCAUCCAUUGAAGAUCAGAGUAGUACCUUCUCACACAAUUCUUGUGGGGAGAAUGCCCUUUGCACAGUGACAGGCACUUGAGGGCCGGAGGAAGACCUAAGCGCAGGAGCUCCCAGGGUCCCCAGGUGCCCACUUGACCCUGACCCUCAGAAGCCCCCAGCUCCCUUCUGAUGGAAGCAGGGAGGUGAGUCCUACGCCCACUUCCUCCAGGAAAACUGCCCCGAGGCGCCCCCAGGCCCUUCCUGGGGCUGGUGAGACCAGCCUUUCCCUUGAGAGUGGGUGGGGCAUCGGGGCCCCGCAAAGGAGAGACACAGGGACCCUGGGGGAAAGGCUGCCCUUGGUCUCCCUCUGACUUCUGCCCCCAGGGGCCUUCACGCUCCUGUGUUGAGGGCGGCCCUGGAGGGUCUUUCGUGGGCGAGAAGAGCCAGGCCUCCAGCCAACCAGAGUAGAGAAGGAAAAAUCCCAAGUUUCUCUAUGAUUGGAUUCAGGGUGAACACCUGGAACGCACACAGGGAAGAGGGGUUUGGUGUGAGGCAGGGUCUAGGGAAGGCGUCUCCUCGAGGCUCUGUGAGAUGUUUCCUAGGCCAGAAGCUGACGGAUAAAUUUCAAGGAACUGUAAUGUUUGACUUCAAAUUUGGUCUUUUCUCCAGCUUUGUUUGUAAUUCAAAACUGUUAAGCACCUGCUGUGCUGGGGGUACAGCAGCGAGAGAGAGGCUUGGCUGCCCUCACGGGGUGUACACUUCAGACAAGACUGAUAAACACACAGGCAGACAGACACUGUGUGCAGUCCUGUGCCAUUGCACUUCCAAGAAUCUCACGUGUGUGAAUUUGUGUGAACCUCGCAGCCACCUGUGAGAGACGGAAGUAACUCGCUGAAUCUCACAGUGGUCAGUGCCUGUGUCAGGAUUCAUCUCAGGCUCCCCCGAGCCCACGCCCUGACGCACCGCCGCAAGAUGCAGGCCUGGCCCGGUGGAGCCCAGACGUUGGCUGCCCUGGACGGAGCACGGCUUCCCUGCCGUGGGACCCACUCGUCUCUCAGCCUCCCAGGAAAUGACAGGGCCUGCUCCCUGUGGAAGGCCCUUCUCUUUUUUAUAUUCUUUCACCCCGCAGGGGAGCCCGUGUCUACGAUGGGGCUCUGACCCAGCAACACUCCCAUGGCCACCGGACACUUAGCUUGGACGUCGCACAGACACCUCGGAAGCUACAUUUUUCUUCUUUUGGGCAGAGAAAAUACUCUGUGCAAUAUGGUAAUGAUAGAUACAGCUCACGAUACAUCUGUCCAAACCCACAGAAUAUACAAGACCAGGGGUGAGCCUCAUGUGAACUCUGGGCUCUGGGUGGUGACGACGUGUCCGCGCUGCUUCAUCAGCGGUAACAGAUGUACUGUCUGGUGGGGUGUUGACGGUGGGGAAGCUGUGCGUGCGGGGGGCAGGGCGUGCGCAGGAGCUUCCUGUGUCUUCCACCCCAGUUCUGCUGUGCCUAAAACUGCUCUAAAAAAUAGUCUUAACUUUAAACAAUGAAAUAUAUUAGGCAUACAAAAAUAAACAAAAAUACUUAACACCUGUGUUCCCUCCACCCAGCUUUAGAAAUUACAUACCUAGAAAGCCCUUGGUG